AUGAUUAAAAGAUCAUGCACCACUCAGAAUAAUUCUGUGGAUGAUGAUAUUGUUAUGAAGUCCAUUGAUUGAAACUGCAUUUUGGCCCGUGAAAGUUUUAAAAGAUGAAAAUUUACUAUAAAAUCAGCUAGUGCGUUUUGAUGUUGUCAUGCCCUUUAAUUUUUUCGUUCAAUAGGUGGGCUAAAUGAUGGUGGUGUUUUAUCAUCAUGCUGCUUGAUGGUCAAGAUUAAUAUGGGGCAGAGCUGGUCACGCUAGCUGUUGGCCUGGUGAAAAGGUACAUUUGUAUGAGUAAGCAUGAGUACAAUCAUUCAUUAAACAGAAGUUUUAUCCUGUCUUCACUGUCAAGAUCGAAGCAUUUUUGUGAAUUGUAGCUUAAAAAUACUCACUAGGUGUAAAUUUUGAGAUGUUAACCUUCCAUAAGCUUUGAAGUAUUUUCCUAAAAUUACACAAGUUUGCUUUUGUCUUAUCUCACAGUACUCUUGCCUCAACGACUGAAGCUACAAUCAAAUGAAAACAAACAGAAUCAUUUUGCCUCCAAUUUAUUAUCUUAGUAACAUGUAUCAAAUGAUGAAAGUGUUAAAACCUUAAGCCUCUUGUAAGAGUGCUAGUGAGGUCUUUUCCGCUUAUUAUCUGAUGGUAUGUGUAGAUGAAUGGAGAUUGAACACAUUUACAUGUUGAUCCACAUGUAACAGCUAUCUUUUAUGGUUACUGAGGCUGUUAUUUUCCACCUUAAACAAAGGACAUUUUUCUUUUCUUUUCAGAUGGCAGGAACAUUGCUUGAGUCAAACGUAAGUUUUCUGAAAACUGUUGAUGUUCUGCGUGUUAUAAAAUGACAACAUGUUGCUGGGAGACCAAAUGAUGAACAUGAAUUAAUAACUUUUAAAGUCCUUUUAUUGGUAUACAAGGCCCUUCAUGGCCUUGCACCUUCUUAUAUUUCUGACCUUUUGAAUUUUAAAACAUACUCUAGGUCAUUGCGUUCUUCAUGUAAAGAAUACUUAGUGGUUCCAAGAAGCAGAUUGAAAACAUAUGGAGACAGAGCUUUCUCUAUUGCAGGACCUAAAUUGAGGAACGAUUUACCUCUAGAGAUUAGGAAAUGUGCUUCAGUGGCGACUUUUAAGCAAUCCCUUAAAACUUUUUUAUUUAAGUUAGCAUAUAGGUUAUGAGAUUCCUUUUGUUUUGAGAUGUUUUUGAUUUAUAUAGUAGAUAACUUAGGCUAUAUUUGAAUUAUAUUGUAUAUUGUAGAUAUUUUAUAUUUUAUAUUUUUUAUAUUUUAUUUUGUAAUUAGGUAGCGCUUUGGACAAUUAUUGGAUUUUAGCGCUAUAUAAAUAAAAUUAUUAUUAUUAUUAUUAUUUAUGAAUCGCUACAUUGAACAUUCAUGAAAAUUAUGUCAAACACUCUAAUUUUUUCCUGAUGGUGCUCCUGAGCUACUUUUAAAUGAUCAAAAGCAUCUCCUUCCUGUGUUCAUGAUCAGAGAUGUCUUUUUCUUUUCCCAAAAUAGUUUAAAAACUUGAGCAGCAUUCCUUUGAUGAAUGAAAGCAGAAAUCUGUUUCCUGAUCAUGAGGUACAAUUUUUGUUGUCAAACAAAUGUUAUAAUCUAAGGGCACUUAUCAAAAGACAAAACCAUCUGUCACACUGCGGGAACAAACAUUUUUGAAAAUGAGAAAAGCCUAUUUUGUCAUAGCAUGAGAAAGCUGCCAACAUUUUGUGACUCCACCACUGGUUUCCCUAAUGAUGUCUGAGAAACAAGCGCAGAAAUCAGUUCCAUACUGGCAGAUCAAGCAUAACUACCCAGAUCUGGGUACUGCUUCUGAUUGGUUGAAGCAAAUUUUCAACUAAACAAAGCCAGUGGUGGCAUUGCAAAGUGUUGGCUGUUUUCUCAGGCUAAUUUGGGGAGCUUUUGCUCAAAAAUCUAUCUCUGGUGUACAGCCUCGUUCCCAUGGUCCUCUCCUACUCUCUUGUUCUUGCUCCAGGGGAUGAUUAGGAUAGGAGCCUGGGGACAAGGUUGCUCCGCAGUGCACACUAGUAAGACUUAGUAGUAUAACAAACUAAUCUGGCCUAAACUGGUUUGGUCUAGCUGGCCAUUUCUUACUUAAUGGUAAUUGCCCUAAGAAAAUAGCACAUAAGUAGUAUUUAAGUGCUGAACUUCCAUUUUAAGUGAGGUUUUUUAUGUCCCUUUGCGAAAUGCUUUCACAUAAAAAUAUUGAGACUUUUCACACAUCAAGAUUAGCUCCUUAAACGUCUUGAUGCUCACAUAAAAGUCAAGUAAUUAAAAUCUCAACCAAAUGUUAUUAGCAGCACUUUAAAUGGCCCAAAUGCAUUAAGGUAGGCCUACACGCCACAAUUUGUCUGCCCGAAGAACUGCAAAAUUACACGCUACAACUUAAUUAUUGACAGGGGGUAUUGAGCCGAUCUCUCUGCCUAAAGAAAUUCACCUCAAUAAAAGUUGUACGGCCUAUUUGAUGUUUCAUUUGAUAUUUUUAGAAUAUUAGUCAUGAUUAGUUUAAAUUUGUUUUUGUUUUUUUUCCAGCCUGUGUCAAACCAUGAUUCCUGGACUGCACUUGAUCAUUGUAUAUCUUGGGGUAGUCCCCAUUCUUGUAAUCCGCACAAGAGAUGCUGUAUGAAUGAUGCAUUUUUCUUCACGUUUGUAAAAUAUACACUGUCGUCAAUAAAAACAAUUUGUGAUGAUUAA